UUACGCUGUUACUGCUACUGCUUUGCGUAUUGCUUAAAAAAGUCUUCAAAUUCAAGGGCAGGCAGCAUAUGAUUCUGUGAAUUUAAUUGCAAAUAAUGGAAAUUGUUGAAGCAGAAAACCAAACUGCUUCUGUACAGUAAUUACCAAAUUUUAUAAUUUUUUAUAUUAAACAGCAUGUCAGUUAAUAAUUUAAAUAUUAGAAGGUUAUUGAAGGAAGACAUAGAUAAACCUUCCAAGGAAUUGUCUAUAUACCUCUUAGGAAAAAUCUUGGUUCGAAAACUGGAAGGUGAUACAAUUCUUAAAGGUCGAAUAGUGGAAACCGAAAGUUACUUGGGUGGAGAAGAUAAAGCUUCAAAUACAUACAAUGGCAGACGAACUGCAGCCAAUGAACCCAUGUAUAUGCCUGCUGGUACGACUUUUGUUUACAUGACUUACGGAAUGUACCAUUGCAUUAAUAUUUCAAGUAAAGAACCCGGUGCAGCGGUUUUAUUAAGAGCCCUUGAACCCUUAUCAGGUAUAGAAGCCAUGCAAAAAUUCAGAGCUCAAAAAAUGAAAAGCAAGAAAAAUGAAAUAAAAACAUCGAAACUUUGCGAUGGUCCAUCGAAACUCUGUAUCUCUAUGAAUAUUACUAAGCAGAAUUUAAAUAAAGUUGAUGUAACAGACCCAGAAAACAGGGAAAUCUGGUUGGAAGACGAUCCUGAAUUUGAGAAGGAAAACAUAAAAAUUGUUCAUACUUCUCGAAUAGGAAUCGCCUCGGCAGGAGUGGAAUGGGCAUCUAAACCUUUAAGAUUUUAUAUUCUAAAUAAUGAUAGUGUAAGCAAACGAGAUAAGGUCGCUGAGGAGGAUUUUCAUUCUGAUGUUGACACAUCCUGAAAACCUGUUAAACAUUUUUUUGAUAAUUGUUUUUAUGUAAAUAAAAUUUUAAUUUUUUUAAUAAAUUGUGUUCUAUUUCCUGAA